UCAUCAUUGUUGUUUCUGUCUCUCUCUCUCCUUCUCCCUUCCUCUCUGAAAUCAACAAAAAUAACAUUUUAAACCCUGGUCUUGCACACAGCAGGCGCCCAAUAAGUGCCCUCUUUGGGUUUAAAUAAACCUGGGCUCCAAUCCUGGCUCUAGGGCCUUGGACCCGUCACAUGCUCCUCCUGGCCAUCUGAGGAAAGGCUGGCACGGGCACUCGGCGGGCGCGGCACCCGGCAGAGCCGACGACGGCCGAGUGGCCGGGCCGGCAAAGGCUGGGCCAAGCGUUCUCACCUUGGGGGGUGGCUGUGACCUCACUCCCCGGCUGGUCUGCAGGCCCACCCGCCCCUCCGAUUGUGACACCCUCCCCCACCCAGGGCCUGGCCCCCAGAGGGGCCAGCGGAACCCUACGGGGUCUGUGAGGUCUCCCCAUUCCGCUCCACAAAGACCCACUGGGCAGCAGCCGCCGGCUGGGCUCUGUGCCGGGAAAGCUUCUGAGACCCCGGGGCUCCAGACGUGGUCACGGCCACACUCCUGAGAGGGACGCGGAGGGUUGGGACCCGAGGGCGCGCCAGCUGCCGGCCCCGGGAGGCCGGGACGGGGGGUGCCCGUCCCGUGGACAUGUGGGGGCCCCCGGGCAGCGCGCUCAGCGGCCUCCUGCUCCUGCUGCUGGCCCUGCCCCCGGGCGCGGGCGGCGCCAAGGACUGCAUGUACUGUGAGCUCACGGACACGGCCGACUGCCCCGGCAUCCCCAUGGCCUGCGGGGACAACGAGGAGUGCUUCGUGGGCCAGGGCACCGCCCAGGACCUCGGCCCCGUCACCAGCAAGGGCUGUGUGGACGCCAGCGAGUGCGGCCGCCAGGAGCCCGUCACCUACCAGGGCGUCACCUACAGCCUCACCUCCAGGUGCUGCGACGGCGACCUGUGCAACGGGGGCCCCCCCACCCCCGCGGGCGGCCUGCGGGCGGGCGCCGCGGCCGGCCUGGCGCUGGGCGCGCCGUGGCUGCUCCAGGGGCCGUGAGGGGCGCGGAGGGCAGGGCCCGGGGCCGGUCUCGGGCUCUGCUGCUCCUGUGCCCUCCCUCCUCCCCCCCUGUGCCCCCAUCCGAGGCCAGGGGCCCUGGACAAACGCCCGUGGCCCUGGCUCCAUCCGAUCGAGACUGUCCCCCGGGACCCAGGGCCCCGUCGGCGGGAGCCUGGCUGCCGGUGGGACCGCGCCCCGGGCCUGGCUGCCACAUUGUGCUCGUGGGUUCUAAGACGCGAUAGCGCGUCACAGUUUGAGCAGGACGCUUCCUCUCACGGUGGUCCCUUCGCGUCCAUGAAAUCCGGUAAAAAAUUGUAUUAAUAAACAACCGCUGAUUCAUUAAUAAACAACCGCUGUUGUGUACGAAGCCCCGUUCCGUGCCGGGGUGCCUUCUCCCACCGAGUCUGGUGUGGAGCCGGGAAGCAGGUUCCGGCUGUGGCAUCCCAGCCCUGGCCCCGUGGUUCUCUGGGUGUGGUCCCCGGACCGCCUGGAACUCGUGGGCAGUGCCAAUCCUCGGGCCCCCGCCCGGGCCGGCUGGACGGGGGUGGGGCCCAGAAACCCGGGUGGUAGCAGGUCCUCCGGGUCAGGCUUGCAGUAUGAUCAAGGCUACACACCGGGG